UCCAAUGUUUGCAGCGCUUUGACGUAAGAUAACGCAAAGCCGAUCCAUUGUUUUCAACAGCCAGUUUGUACUGUGUUUUCAUAAAUUUCCCACAAUAAAUAUUCAGUGUAAUAUUAUUAAAUGAAUGCAAAAAGUAAAUCGAAUAACAACGUCGUUGACGUGAGCUUAGGCGAAACGGCGGUUACGAGCAAAACUGCUGCUAAAAUAUUGAUUUCAGUAGUGGAGUUCCUAUUGUACAACUGGAAUCAAAUUCCACUGGUGUUUGAACAGUUUCGGUUCAUGAUAGAGAAAUUUACUGAGGCGAAAAACACAACCGAACUCGAUGCAAUGGUGAAAAAUUACAAAAUUGAACGACAGCGAAACGAAGCCAUUCAAGUUUAUCAAAAAUAUAAGCAGUUUUCCGAUAUUGUUCAUAAGUCAUUUGCCAACUCAACGAUUGAGCAAGCAAUAAUCACAAUGGGAUCGACAAAAUUCACUUCUAAGGCAUGCUUCGAAAUCAAUUUCCCAAAAUUUUCUACCACUGACACACACAUCGAUUCAGCACGGACAAUACAAAGGCAAAUUAUCAUGUCGAUACUACAAUCAUCAGAGUUUUUCCAGCAAAAUAGUGUACCAAAGCCAACAAAUAUGUACUUUUUCUUGAAGCCAAGAUGUGGUGCUUUGGGCACUGCUUUAAAUGAGCAUUUUCAAGUUCAAAGCAGUCUCAGGCUUCCUUCUACGUGCAAGAUAACACAGCUGAAUAUUCAAACGACUGGCACAGAUGCAGUUCUGGGACAACCUUUUCGUAUAUUCAAUGACGAUGCAUGCGACGAUAGAGAGCCAGCUGAGAAAGAGUCCAAUGAAAUUUAUGAAUUAGAUGUUGUUGUUAAGGGUUUCAAAGAGAAAUUUAGUAAAGGGAAAUCUUGGUUACAAUAGUUUGCAAUAAAGCAAUGAAUUCAUUCACAUUUACAUUUCGACGACUUGCAACAGCUUUUUUCUUUGAAAUUUUUUUCACAGCUGUCAAAUGCAAUUGAUGUGUCAUACAAAAGUUUGUUCUAAAUUCGAACGCAGAUUAUUCGAACGCGUUAACAUACAAUUCAUUCUGUCAUUUCAGUACAAGACUGUGUUUAUUUACAUUUUUGCCUGAAACAGUAUUUUCAAUGUUUUUAUUUAAUUAAUCUCUUUUUCUCAACAAAAUGGACAAGUAUCGAGACAAAUAUACAUCGUUGAAUGGACCGACGCACAUAUCUUGCAUGUUGAUCUGCUUACGAGUUGGUGUUUUGUUUGUUCUAUGUAUCGUUUGCUACCUUAUCGCAUACAUAGCCUGGUCGACAGUAAUUCAUGAAAAAGAGCCAACAACUAACAUACACACAACGAAUUCAUUCCCUCAAACCAAAUCUUCGUCAUUCCAGCGAAAGUUGAUAUGCUAUUUUACGACUCCAAGCGACUCGAAAAAUGAUCUGACUCCGAAUCAUAUAGAUGCAUUUCUAUGCACUCAUAUCAAUGUCGGGAUUGCAACAAUUGGAGAUAAUAGAAUAGUUAUCAGUGACACUUUGAAGGAGACCUUCAAGCAAAUGCAAACUCUGAAACAAACAAAUAUGAAGCUAAAAAUUCUAAUUUGGAUUGGCGGCCCGUCGAAUUCAAUCGAAAUUAUCCAAAUGAUCCAUAGACAUGGUAGUCGUCAAAAAUUCAUUAAAUCUAUUAAAUCUGCGCUGGACACAUAUCAAUUGGAUGGCAUCGAUUUCGAUUGGGAAUUUCCCAGCUCUGAUUCCAAAAUUCAUUUCUCGCAACUGUUGCGGGAAAUUCGUCGAGAAUUUACGGAUAAAUAUUUACUAAGCCUCGCUGUGGCCGCACCAGAAGGAAUAGCAUAUUUCGCGUAUAACUUCAACAUUCUGAAUCAAUAUUGUGAUUAUAUCAAUGUUAUGACAUAUGACUUUCAUUUCUACUCAACAUCUUCGCCUUUUACUGGGCUCAAUGCACCACUAUAUAGAAGAUCUAAUGAACAGUCUGUGUUAGCCACGCUGAACAUCAAUGCUUCUUUAAGCUUUUGGAAUUCAUCAGGAUUGGAUAAGAGCAAAAUCAUCGUUGGGAUUCCAACAUAUGGACAUAGCUUCAGAUUGGUAAAUCCGUUCAAUAAGAAAAUUGGUAGUCCAGCUGAUGGGUUUGGAUCCACUGGAGUUCUAGGAUUUGUCACCUAUAAUGAUGUAUGUGUAUUCGACCGCCACCAUAUAUUCGCUACUAAAGUUUUUGACUCAAUUACUUGCUCACCUUACAUAUCCGCUGGAUUCGAAUGGAUUUCAUAUGAGGACGAGCGCAGUGUUAAGUGUAAAACCAAUUAUGUAAAUCAAGCCGACUUCGGAGGAGUUAUGAUUUUUUCGCUUAACACAGAUGACUAUUUAUCGACUUGCUACUACGGUGAAAACGACCAUAAUGACCAUACAUUCCCAUUGACGCGCGCCAUCAGAGACUUACUGUUUACGAAAAACUGAACAAUUUGGCUGUUAAUUUUAGAACAAUUUAAGAGAUAAUUAAGACUUAUAUUUUAGAAAUAAUGACUAAUAUUGCAAUCGUUUGAGAACCGACACGGUUAAAAUCUUUGUUUAAAUAUUUGUAAAAGAUCUGUUGAUGUAUACAGUUAAUUGGCUCAAAUUAGCUCGACGUUUGUAGAGAAGAAAAAAAUCAUGUCUGUUAUAUUGGUAUUAAUAUAUAAGAAAUCAACGAACGAAUUUUAUACAUAUGUAUACAUAUUAAUAUAGACCUAUAGGUCUGAAAAUACAUGCAUUGCAGCUCUACCAAAUUCAAUAUUAUACCAUAAAAGUAGUUCUAUUUACCAAGCAAAUUGGUCCGGUUUGGUUAUCUGUAAUAUUUUGUGAAAUGUUAAAUAAAAUUGGAUAUGUUAAAA